AUGUCAUUAUCCCAUACACUUACACUUAAUAUACCAUUUGAAGAUACUCAUCAGGCAGAUAUAGCCAUGAAAGUAUUACAACCGGAUCCGAUCCUUAAACCGCAGGAUUUCGAAGUCACAUACACCACCACCGGAAAUAGCCUCGUGGCGUCCUUUGCUUCCAUCGACGAUAGAGUGCUCAGAGUUGGUGUCAGCAACGUCAUCGACAGCAUCAAGACCAUAAUCGAGACCAUGGACGAGUUGUGA